AACCGCAGAGAAGGAAGUUAGCUCUUAUUUAAACACGGAAGAAGAAAGAUGCUCCAGGAAGACGUCGGCUGUGUUUAAAGCAGGCUAGAGUAUCGCCAGUCAUGUGCAUUGCCUGCAUAUAGUGAUUGCAGUUACCUUUAUGUGAACAUGACAAUGCGAUCUCAGCCGUGUGAAAAUUGUCCUCCAAGACACCGCAAAAACCUAGGUGUCACUCGAAGCAGGAGCGACGGGCUAAGCUUACUGUCUGUUUCUAAUGCUGCUGCAAGCACACCGAUUCAAAAAAAAGCAAAAGCGCAGAAUUUGUGUAACCACGUUAAACGUGAUCAGAGACAGAUGACCGCACAACCACCCAAGAGCUCGUCAAAAACACACCACAUGAAUGACACUAGCAAGGUUUACAAAACAUCCAAGGCCCAGUCAGGAGGUGAGAGCUCCAUGGACCUUACCCCAAGCCCUGUGCUGGUAUUGAAUCCUGGGAGGCCAAGAGCCUUCACAGCACAGCCUCAACUCAAUGGGGAAACUCGUGAAGUGGAAGGACCUAAGGAAGAGGUCACAAGUAGCAAAGAUGAAGGACAGAUUCAUGGGUCCUCAAGGUCAUGCCAAGCUCUGAAAUAUGCAGUCUCAGCUUUAACACGAUUGGACGAUUUUGUGUGUGAAAGUUUGGGUGCUGGCUUUUUUUCGCAGGUGUAUAAGGUUACACAUCGCACAACAGAUCAGGUUAUGGUAUUAAAGAUGAAUACGUCCUUCAGCAACAGGCCCAACAUGUUGCGAGAAGUGCAACUAAUGAACAGAAUGUCACACCCAAAUAUUCUCAAGUUUAUGGGCGUGUGUGUUCAUAAAGGACAACUCCAUGCUCUUACUGAGUAUAUGAAUGGUGGGAGUCUGGAGCAGCUGUUGAUAAACAAAACUGUUGAGUUGCCAUGGACAACAAGAAUCCACCUGGCUCUAGGACUGGCCAAGGGUAUGGAAUACCUCCAUUCUAAGGGUGUGUUCCACAGAGACCUUACCUCAAAGAAUGUUUUAAUCCGGAUUAAUGAAGAUGAAAGCUAUACUGCUGUAGUUGCAGACUUUGGACUGGCAGCUAAGAUUCCUGAUCCCUUAGACAAGGAGAGACAAUUGUCCAUUGUUGGCUCGCCAUACUGGAUGGCCCCAGAAGUGUUAAAAGGAGAGUGGUAUAAUGAGAAGGCUGAUGUGUUUGCAAAUGGAAUAAUUAUGUGUGAGAUAACAGCUAGGAUAGAGGCAGACCCAGAUGUGUUGCCCAGAACUGCAAACUUUGGGGUGGACUAUGUGGCAUUCAGCGAGAUGGUGGGGUACUGUCCCUUAGAGUUUUUACAGACCGCCUUCCGAUGCUGUCAGAUUGAUUACAACAAGCGUCCAUCAUUUACAGAGAUUCGAGAAAAUCUGGAGACAAUUGAACACAAUUUGAAUGAAGAUGUUUCAUCUCCAGAACCAGGAGAGGCAAACAGUGAGAAUGGUAAAAUGCCAAAGAAGCGCUCAAGAUCAGAGGACAACAUCCUGCAGGCUAAUGAGACUUACCUGGAACCUCCAGAGGGUGACAGUCCAGUUACACCGCUGGAGGUCGGCCAUGAGAUGAGCCAGACAGAUCCAUUCUACUCCCCAACAAAGGUGAAUCCAUUUGCAUCCUCACACCGCUACAAGAGUGGCCGAAAGAUUCUGGGCACCUCUCGUGAUCCAGAGUCUAUAUACUACCUGGACCUGAAUAUGUCACCUGAUUCUCCGAGCACUCCGCCAUCCACCCCCUUGGCUGAUGGUAGCCAUUCACCGCACAAACGAAACUGUCACUCAUUGCCUGCGUCGCCCAUCUUGCUGAGGAAAGCUGCUGAAAAGCUCCACCAGGAAUCGCUGCAUGGCCGCAACCCUAGACCCUCUGUGUCAUUCACUGGUAAGCCUGUCUACAGCCCUAGUAUCCUUAAGUCUAAGAGUGACAUCAUUGGAGAACGACUCUGCCAGAAACUGGAAUUUGGUAACUCCUUAACCGAAUCAACAGUUUUCUCCUUCCCUCCUCAAAAGCAACAGGAGGAGGAUUUAGUGGAGGCAGAACCCAAGCCCUCACAACCCUCAGCAGCUAGACGCCGGGCGGCCUUCCAGAAGAAACAGUACACUGUGGACUGCGCGCCAAUGUACAACACAGAGCCCUGUUCAUACUGGGACAACAACAACGCAGACAAAGAGCAGGUGACUGUGAUCACAGAGGAGUUGUCACAGAUCAGCACAGUUUGUACCUCUGAGUCAUCCAUGGGAAAUACUUCUCAUAGCUCCUCUAUUGAGUCUUUCAUGUCAGUGGAUGAACCAGCCAGUUCUUUCUCCAGCUGCAGUGAUGUGGAGAAUAUUGAAAUCUGGUAUGGAGCAGAGAAGGACUUGCAUGGAAGGACGGAUGAUAAGAUUUAGAUUUGGAAUGAAUGUGAUUUGCAUGAAUGUUAUUGCAUGGUGUUCAGUGUUAGAGUUGAUACGCAUUACCUGACAAGUGCACUUCGUUAAUGAGCAGCUAGGGUUUGGGUAUUACAAAUACCUGUGUAGUUUUCUUCAUUAAUCAGAUGUUAAGGGCUGUUAUAUGCAAGAUCCUUUUAUAGAUGGGCAUUGUGCAGUGCCCUCUAGUGUGAUAUCAGCGUUAGAAGAGUGGUCUCCAAGGUUUGUUGACAUAGUUGCAACAUUAUAAACUAUAUGUCUUUCAUUGUAAAAUUAUUUGUCACAAGUGCAAUAUGUUACACAUGGUUAUUACAUAGGGUGUUUUUGAGUUUGAAGGAAAAAUAAUGCAUGUUUAAAAAUAUAACGAGGAAAAAAAAAUUAUUUAUGGAAAAGAUAAUUGUUUUGCUUUCGUUUUAAUUGAAAGAAUUAAGUUUACAUGCCUUAUGUUUAUUUGUUGUGUCCAUUUUAUUUUAUGAAAAUGAAAAUUACUCUGUUUGGAAGCGACCAGAAAAAAAAGAGCUGAACAAUUCACAGGCACAGCUCUAUGACUUGGGUUCUAGUGGAUGGUAUACAUAAAAUAGUUGUGUUAAUUUGCUUCAAGAAUUGUAUUUGUUUUGAAUUGUUGUAAGUGAUGAAAUCCUCUUGUUAUGUCUAGCAUUCCCCAAGUGGUUUAAGUGUGAUUUUCCCUCUAUUACAUAUCUUAUAUGUAGGACCCAUAUCUACCACACAGAGCAAGCCACACAGUUUUGUUCAUUGUUUAAGUAUAGUGUCCUUUAUUCAUGUUUAUUGGUGUGCAAAACUUUGUAUAACAACCUAGAAUGAGUCCAAAACAGUAUGGUAGAUAUUAUUUCAUGAUGCAAGUCCUCAGCACAUGCAGUUAAUACUCUUGCUACUUAAUUGUUUUCCAGAAUUGUUUUUCUUAAUUUGAUGAGUUACCUCAGUAAUAUAUAAGAAGUGUAAGUUAAAUAUUACUUUAACCGUAACACUAAAAUAUUUGUAGUGAGUUUUCUCUGGUGAGAAUUACUUCAGUAACUUUUAGCUUGUACCUAUCUAUCUUAUUGAUGUAUAGGGUUAGGGACUAAAGUGAUUUGUGUCCGUCAGAUCGGUGUAGUCUGUAUGGGCCUGUUCCCUGUUAAACUGAAAAUCUGAAGAUAUGUGUGCCAGCUUAGUUAUAAAUGGAAGUUUGUAUAUUUACAUCAAGGGUCUUUGAGGAGGUGCAGCUCAUGCUGGCUUCCUCACCGGCCGUACGUGGGAAGGUCUUCCAGCAACCUGCGGAUGGUCGUGGGUUUCCCCCGGGCUCUGCCCGGUUUCCUCCCACCAUAAUACUGGCAGAUGUCGUAUAAGUGAAAUAUUCUUGAGUACGGCGUAAAACACCAAUCAAAUAAAUAAAUAAAUUUGAGGAGGUGCACAGUUACUUGUGUGAAACAGACAGUAAUUUACCUUGGAUGUAUCUUAAGCAAAUUUUUGUAGGGACAAGACAAUGAAAAACAAAAAGUCAAGUAACAGGUAUAAAAAGACGUAAAAACAUGUAUUUGUAGUUCCAAAACGGGUGGAAGAUAUGUUAGAAAUGUUAAUUUAAGUGUGCAAGGCAGAAAUAUUUUUUACCUAUUAAUUGAUAGCAAGUUGAUAUCACAUCGAGCAAGUCAAGUAUUAGUAAACUUUGUUGUAUGCAAAUGUUUGUUAAAAUGGAAUGUUUUAUUACUCUGCUCAAAAUUUGCGUUCACUGAGUGUACAUGUAUAUUUCAGUUGUGUGCUCAAAUUGUGAAAAAAUAGUUAUUACACAAUUUUUGAUCAAACCUAUUUUGCGUAGCAAAUUCAGCUACUGCUGGGUUAAUACAAAUGAUAUAUUUUAUAAAACUGUUCCAGUCUUUAGUUCUUUUGUGCUUUAACUAAAGAAUACAUCAGGAUUUAUUAAGUGUAAGGUAAUGUGUAUUGUGUAAAAUCUGUGGUAUGUUUCAGUGUUAAUCAGAGAAUGGGCACAUGAAAUUAAAUGUCUGAAUAAAAUUUGGAAGGUGGGAUAAUGGAUUAUCCAUAGUCAAGUUUAUAAAAACUUACAAUCUUGUGCCCAAAGAUUUUUGGUAUUUGAGAAACAUGAAAACAGGAGAUCCCCAUUGUUUUGUUCAUGUUAAUUUAUGCCACAAAGUGUUCACAAGUGAGAAGCAAAACGGCAAAACCUUGUUCCUUGAUCAAAAUUAUUAAUUCAGUGUUGUUUUUUGUGUGCCAUAUACAUCUACAUGUACUGGGUGUUGCAUAGCAUCCAUAUAACUGACUUUAAGUGAUUUUUUGGCAGAAAAGCUUAAACUUGGCAGUAAGAACUAUUUAUAAUGUUAGUGUUCACUGUUCUUUGGCCAAAUGGUGCCAAACUCUAGUUGUAGUAUUGCCAAUUUGAUAAAGAUAUGCAGAAAUUGAGACAUGCAUUUCUUAAAUACAUGUAUGUUGAAAGUAUUGUCUUCCCUUAUCUCCUUUCCGAGUGGAAUGAAUAUGCAAAUCAAAUCCAUAGCACAAAAAUUGUUGAGGAUAAAUAUGUUGUAUUUUGAGUCAGGCAGUGUCAAACAGGGAUUCAUCUGUGAAUGACAUGUAGUAAGGACAUUGCCCCAUAGUGAUGUGUGUAUGAAGAAGUGUAAGGCACACCAAAGAUAUCGAAGUUAAUAUGACACGUAGUGAAUGCAUUUAAGUUGGCUUCGUUGUCUGUUGCUUUAACUAUAUGUAAAUUAGAUGGAUUGUUCUUAAAAGACAUGUACCUAUAGCAUUAGACUAUUUUAAGUCUGUGUGUAUAAGUUAUUAUUUUCAUUUUGCUUUUCUAAAGUUAUAGUGACGACAGCAACCUGUAAACAAUUUCCAUGUAUGAUUAAGUCUAAUAAUAUUGUCAGUAAUAUUGAGCACUAGUAUUACUUAAUUCGGGGUGUUCAGGCAUUAAUUUGGUAUUAUAAUUCAAGCUUUCUAUCCUUAUAAAAGGACUCCCUGUGUUGUUAAGGUAAUUCGAGGUUGAAAGGUAAAAUGAUUUUUUAUCUGAAUAUGCUUCAUUAAUAACAUAUUCACAUUUCACAAUCUUCUAGAUUUGUUACACCAUUUUUUUAAUGAACCAAGCGGUGAAUGUCAUGUAGCAGUAAUAGUAAUUAAUGCCAUGCUGAAAAGGGUCUGGGAUGACCAUUGAAAUGAAACACUUCAUGUUUUUGGUUCUGAGAUUUUUACGGUAAAGAACAUGUAUCUGAUCUUAGAGGAGCAGUUUACGCAGUAUUUUAUCAUUUAUUUUUUCUUUCUCGUUUUUAUCAGUUAAAAUUUGACUGAAUGAAGGAAAACAUGUAUAUGAACAAAAUGAGUGAUAUACUUUGUCAUGAAAUAUUAUGAGUAACAAGCAUAUCUUGACUACUGUAUGUAAUAGCUAAAAUAAAUCAUCUUUUUUUGGGGGAAUUAAAUUAUUUUUAUUUUACUUGUUUAACAUAUAUGUGCUUGAUUUUAGUUUGGCAGAACAAAUUUAAACUAUCGAUCAGUUAUAAUGUUAUAGUGUGAAACUGUCUUUACUGCUUCUAUAGUAAACUCAACACUUUUCUGCUUGUGUUGAGCCAUUACCUUUGGUAGCUUCUCUAUGCAAUAAUGGCCUGUCCAAUGUUAGAUAUGAAGAACAUCAGUUUGUUUUUGUGGCAUUAUUUAUUGUGAAUUUUAUUUUAGUCAUUGUUCAGGUGAGAUGUGUGUUGAAGUGUAUAUAAUUAUGUCUUAUACAUAGCAGAUGUAAAUUGGGAAAUUAAAGUCACCUAUAUACCUACAUGUAUAGGUAGAAGAGCACUGUGCUUCAGAGGACCAGGCUUUUGGAUAAGACAAUGGCCUCGAGUGAAUCACUUAUUGUUAGCUUCUUUUUUUUUUUGUCAAUCUACUUAACUGCACAUCCCCAAACCUCUAGAAUUCCAUGUUUGUAAUGGAAAUGUUAAAUUGUGUUUUCAUUUUAUUCAAUUCGUUUUUUAUUUAUCAUAAGUUAUUGCUAUCAUUACAGUUGUAUUCACAUUAGACUUUGUUCCUUCAACUAUUGCUUGUAUGAUCAUGGUUGAUUUUGUGAUAUUUCCCUGUAUUGAGAGUUUGAACAUCCAUGUAUCAUUUUUUUGGUUCAUCAUGUGUUUAUUGCAGUUGAUAAGGCAUUGCUUUCGUUAAAUCUCCUUAUUUGUUUGAAUUUGAGUUUGUUUACCUGGAAAGAAAUAAGCAAAAUAAAAAAGUUGUUGC